AUGGACACACACAAUCUGCUCAUCCCGGCACUGCUGCUCCUCUAUCGACUUCAAGUUACCCUGAAACCGAGCGUCUCCCUGAGCCCCCAGUGGAGCAGAAUAUUCCGGGGCGAGAACGUGAUCCUCACCUGUCAACACGAGAACGGUUCCCUGAUGGCCGGCACCACCAACUGGACACACAACAGCCACCCACUGAAUGAAAGCACGUCCAGUCUGAACAUCACGAGUGCCAGAGAGCUGGACAGUGGCGAGUACAGGUGUCAGGGUGAGGACUCAGAGCCCAGUGACCCCGUGCGCCUGGGAGUCUUCAGCGACUGGCUGCUGCUCCAGGCUACCGCCGAGGACCUGACGGAGGGCGACCCACUCAUCCUGCAGUACCACAACUGGAAGAACUGGAGAGUGGACAAGGUCACCUUCUAUAAGGACAACGUGUCCCUCAAGUACUGGUACGAGAACCACAACAUCUCCUUGGACAGAAUCACCCUGAAUGACAAUGGCAGCUACCACUGCGUGGGUUGGGUCUGCAAGGUGGAGAAGGUGUCAGAGCCGGUGCUCAUUCUCGUGCACAUGGCUCCCCAUAGCAUGCUGCCCUGGCUGCGGCUAUUGGUCCCCGCCCUGCUGCUGAUCAUGUUUGCCGUGGACUCAGUCCUGUUCGUCCUCACCCGGCAGGAUCUCGCGAUGCUGCAGAGAACACUGAGAGGAAGGAAGGGCAGAACCACGAGCUUGUACUCACAGCCCAGGACAGAGCCUGGCAACCGCUGA